AUGACAUCAUAUCAAAAAACUAAUGAAACAGGUAAAUGUGAAAUGUGUAAUAAAGAAAUUAGAGGAUUUCAUCAUCUUUAUAAAUGUUCAAAAUGUGGAUUUGGAGUUUGUUCAGAAUGUCUAAAAAAAGGACCUACAUGUAGAUGUAAUCAAGGAAUGAUACCACUGACAGAAGAACAAGAAAGAAAAAUGAAUAUAUUAAUGGAAAUGGGAUUUCCUGAUUAUAUUUGUAUAUUUGCAUUAAAGAAAUAUAAAUGGAAUGUUGAAGAAAGUAUUCCAUGGAUUAUUGAUAAUAUUCGUACAUUUCCAAAACCAGAAAAACAAGAAAAAAAAAUAGAAGAAAAAGAUAAAAAAGAAGAAGAAAUAAUUUAUUUAGAAGAUGAAAUGAAAUGGAAAGAAAAAAUAGAAGAAGGAGAAAUUAUUUCAAAGAAAAAAAAAAGAAUAAAUAAUAAAAAAAUAAAAGAAGAAGAAAAAGAAGAAGAAAAAGAAGAAGAAUGGCAUGAGGAUGUAUUUGAUGAUGAAUUAUAUGGAAAUGGAGAAAGUGGAGAUCCAAGAAUAGAAAAAUAUUAUGAAGUUAUUGAAGCAAAAGAUAUUAUAAAAAUGAUUAAAGAAGAAUGUGAAAAAGAAUCAGAAAUAUUAAAUAUUAGUCCAGGGAAUGUUUCAAUACUAUUAAAAAGAUAUGGGUGGUCAAAAGAUAAAUUAGAAGAAGCAUAUUUUUCAAAUUAUGAAAAAGUAUAUAAAGAAAAUGGAAUAAUAAUUAAUAAAGAAAAAAAAGAAAAUAUAGAAAAAAAUUGUCCAAUUUGUUAUGAAGAAGGAGAAAUGAUUAGUUUAAAUUGUGGACAUUAUUUUUGUAAAAAAUGUUGGGAAGAAAGAAUAAAAACAAUGAUUGAAAGUAUAGGAAGUAAUGUUGUUGAAAGUUUAUGUAUGGAACAAGGAUGUUUAUGUAAAAUUAAUUAUGAAAUUAUAGAAGAAAUAGGAAAUAAAAAAAUAUAUGAAAGAUUUAUGUAUUUUAUUAGUAAAGAUUUUAUUAAUCAUAAAAAAAGUUAUGUAUUUUGUCCAGUAGAUACAUGUGGAAGAGCAAUUCAUUAUUUUGAUACAUCAAGAAAAGAAGUAGAAAUUAAUUGUAAAUGUGGACAAAAAUUUUGUUUUAAAUGUGGAAGAGAAAUGCAUAAACCAAUAUCAUGUUUAGAAUUUAUGAAAUGGAAUGAUUUAGUAACAAAUGAUUCAGAAAGUAUGAAAUUUGUUAAUACUAUUUCUAAACCAUGUUUUCAUUGUGGAUUAUAUACAGAAAGAGUUGAUGGAUGUAAUCAUAUGACAUGUUGUAGAUGUCAUGGAGAAUGGUGUUGGAUGUGUCGAGGAGAUUGGAAAACACAUGGACCACAAACAGGAGGAUUUUAUAAAUGUAAUUUAUAUGAAAAAUCAGAAGCUAAAAAAUUAGAUGAUCAAACACAAAGAUUAAAAGAAGAAAAUAAAAAAUUUUUAGAAUAUUUUGAUGAAUAUAUUAAAUAUAAUAAUUUAAUAAGAGAAAUUAAUAAAGAAGAAGAAAUAUUACAUAAUAUAGAAAUAAAUAAUGAAAAAAUUACAGGAAAAUCAAAUCAUGAAAUAUUAGAAGCAGCAGAAAUUUGUAAAGAAGCAUAUAAUAUUAUUAAAUAUUCAUUUGUAUUUGAAUUUUUUAUUAAAGAAUAUGAACAAAUUUAUAAAUUAUUUAAUUUCCGUCAAAAGAAAGAUAUUGAAAGAGUAAAUGAAUUAAGAGAAAUAUUAAAAAAAAUAGAAAGAACAGGAAUAAUUGAUAUUCAAAAAUUAAGACAAUUAAUAGAAAAUGUUAAAAAAGUUACAGAAUCACUUUCUGAUGUAUCUACUGAAAAUCUUAUGAAAAAUAGAUUUGAAGAAAUUAAAAAGAAAAAAAAAUAA